AUGUUCACACCAAUUCAUACCACACUAGGCGCGCUGUUACUAUUCCACGGCUCAAGCGGCCUGCUUAUACAUAACGGUGCCGUCUUCGGUAUAUCCUCUCUCCUAUCCGGAUGCGCCUUCAAUCCCAGUCGCGAUAAUGUGCCCAUAAUCGCGGGUUUGGUAUCCAGCAUUGUGCCGGUGUACUUGCUGUCACCAUCGUUGAUCCCGAACUAUCCCGCACAGCCGAAUUCCUGGGCUUCAGCUGCAGCAACGUUGGGAGUGGGCUUCCUAUUGGGAUGGGGGACAAAGAACGGUCGAGGCUGUACCUCAGGCCACAUGCUGUGUGGCCUCUCGCGCCUCUCGCCCCGCUCGUUGAUUGCAACCGCCAUCUUCUUCACAACUGCAUUGCUCACGGCGAACUUUGUUGAGGGCGGAUCCAAUAUCCCGUCUUGUGGUACGGUCCCGUGCUAUACACCAGUGUAUCCGGCUGGAUCCGAGUUGGGCUUCAUGGCUGGUGCAGCACUGCUGGCGGCCAUCACGAACUUCAUCAUUGUCCCGCGGAUGCGUCGGUCGGAGGAAUCUAAAGUCGCCUAUUCCUAUGUGGCAGGGUUGGAGUUCGGUCUGGGUCUUUGGAUAUCUGGAAUGGCAGACCCAGCCAAGGUGCUGAGGUUCUUCGCCAUCUUGACUGACCCAUCCCGAUUUGAUCCGUCGCUGGCGCUGAUCAUUCUGUUUGGAAUUGGACCAUCCCUGUUCACUUUCCUGACUAAGAAGCCAGGCCAAGCGGUCGAAAAGGGAAAGCCUGUUGCAAAGCCUACCCUUGCUGAGAAAUGGCGACUCCCAACAGCCACCGUGAGUGAUAUAGAUUGGCGGUUCGUUGCAGGUGCUGCAUCGUUUGGGCUAGCCUGGGGACUGAGAGGGGUCUGCCCAGGCCCUGCAAUUUUGCGAACAGUCCUACAACCGACUUGGGGACUCAUCACGAUGGGUGGAUAUAUGCUGGGCAACCUCUUUUAA